CAGAAGAGGCGAAUAGUAGUAGUGCACAAUUAAAUUAGAAGGGCGAAUGAAGAAACGUGGUUCCACAGAAGUGUCCAAUGACCCUGAUGAUUUACCAGAGUUCUUCAAGAUUUACGUCUCUGCUCUAAGUUCCCAAUUGAUGAGAAUUCCUCCAGAUUUUAUCCACAAUUUUGCUGGGAAUGUUCCAACAACGUGCACGUUAGCAAGGCCACAGGGUGCAUCUUGGCAAGUUGAUGUGUGCAAAGUGAAGGAUUGUUGGUUUUUCCAAAAGGGUUGGCCUGAUUUUGUGGAAGAUAAUUCUUUACAAGAUGCUGAUUUUCUCACAUUUUGCUAUCUUGGGAAUUCCUUGUUCUGUGUCAACAUAUUCUCACCAAAUGGCUGUGAAAAAAGAGGUACUAAUGAUCCAAGAAAAGUGGCAGAUGAUAUUGAAAAAAACUCUAAUUUCACAGCUGUGCUAACCAAGGGAUACAUGAGAAGGAGGGCUGUGGGUAUACCAGUCAUGUUUUGGAAUGCCCACAUGAAAAGGGGUAAAAGAUCAAGACUGGAUCUUACUCUGUGUGUGGAAAAUCAAGAAUGGAAUGUGGGAGUAUUCAAAUAUGGUAGUGGUAUUCAAAUUCGAAGAGGUUGGGCUAAAUUUGUGAGAGAUAAUAAUCUAAAAGUUGGGACUUCAAUCACUUUCCAACUCACUGAUGCCAAGCACCUGUCUUUCAUUGUCACGUUUGUGGAACCUAUUGAGGUCUAGUGACAGAUUUCUGCUUCCAUUCCCACCAAAAUAUAUUUUGAUAUGGUCUGUAGCUUGUAUCAAGGCCAUGUUUAGCUAAGUUUAUCUUAGAUGUUUUUUUUAGAACUUCGUACUACCCAGAAGUUAGUUUUGUAAAUGAAUGUUGCUUAUGAGUUAUUGAAGUUUAAUUUUGG